CCUCGACUCGACGAUGACUUCAAUGUCUAACCUAUUUUCCGAUUUACUAUUUUCAGAUUGUGAAUAACGUGUCGACGUCUUGUCUUUCGCUUUCCGGUUCCCUAUUUUCGCUUUCCAGUAUUUUAUUUUUGGUUAUGUAUAUUUUGUUUUAGCUGAAUCUUUGUUGUAUAUUUACUAUCUACAUCAGAUUUCUAUUCCUUUUUACACUCAUCAUUUUCCCUACUUAGGAGACUAUCUUCGACAACUAACUAUAUUGAAAUGUCUCCCUAUAAAUACGCACCAAAUAUCAUCGAUUCUAAUACGCUGUGCCGCGACCUACUUCGUGGCGAUCUUGCACUCUGCUAGAAAUCUAAGGGUUGCAAUUCUUUUGCAAGUUCUUCUAUCUCAUCAUCUAUCGGCUAGGUAAUCCGGUCAAACUGCCUUAUGAACAUUCACACACAUAAGUCCUUAUAUCGUACGCACAGCUCGGAGGGCCAAUUAUUAAGGAAAGGUCUAAAAUGAGACGUGGGAUGAGCUCGGUCACGAUCACUGAUCCUCUGGUGAAGUAUCAAUCAUUACUUGCAACCGGAACCUGCUCGCCUGAUGCUGCUCAGCAUAGGUUAGCAAUUCACCUCCGGAAAGUCUAUCACCGGCUUAAAGACUAUUCACCUUCGUCUGAGUAUCGUACAAGACUGAAGGCGAUUACUGAUGCCUUAGACCGCACCAAGAGGGAUGAAGAUGAAUCACGCACUCUCGCAGUUGCGAGUCAUCCAAUCUGGCGCAAUCCUCUCUUCGCUCGGUUUUCUGGGCGCAACGAACGAAAAGACACACUAGCCUUGAUUAAGAGCCUAACAAGCCAUGAAGAAGCAAUCCAAAUCAAUUCCCCUCGAGGUCUCUUCCUGUCUGGAGAGGUAGGUACCGGCAAGUCGAUGCUUGUCGAUCUCCUAGCCGAGGGAUUGCCCACAAGUCGAAAGAAGAGGUGGCAUUUUAAUACCUUCAUGCUAUACACGCUCUCCCAACUAGAGAGUUAUCGAAAGUCACAUCAACAGCUAGAUAGCGAUGAUCAGGAGUAUUCAUUGUUAUGGAUGGCCAAGGAUAUGGUCGAGAAAUCACCUAUUCUCUUUCUUGAUGAAUUUCAGUUCCCUGACAAGGCAGCAAGCAAAAUUCUCAGCAACCUAUUCAUCUCUUUCUUCCAAUUGGGAGGUGUUCUAGUUGCUUCAUCGAAUCGUAUGCCGGAAGAAUUGGAAAAGGCCACUGGCAUCGACUAUGUCCCACCUACGACUAGUGGUCUACUCAGUCGAGCCUUAGGACUCCGAAAAACACGGGAUAAAGGAGAACUGUUUGGGUCUACCAGCGACUUCGCGUCAUUCCUCGAAGUUUUGAAGGCUAGAUGCGAGUUCUGGAAUAUUGAAGGGGGUAAAGACUGGAGACGUCGCGAAGUCGGCGAAUCAUUAAACCAGCACACCAAAGCUAUUGCUGAAGAUGCUGCGUCUGGUGAUUUAAUGGGCAUCACGGUCAGAGGCACUUCUAACUUUGACAUAGAUGCCCAAGAUAUUGAUGAAUCAGAUGUUUUGAUGACAACACCUAGAAAUUAUUUCAUCGUGGGUGAGGCAGAUCAAAACCGAUGGAUGAAGACAUUGAAGAGCCUAGUAUCACCUCCUAAUGGCGAAGGUAUUCCCUGGGGUCCGUCUACAUUAACCGUCUAUGGCCGAACUAUCACAAUCCAGCAGCAGUAUGACGGUACUGUCUGGUGGGAUUUUACCGACCUGGUAUCCUCAUUUGGGCCAGCUGAUUAUAUCACAAUGGCCUCAACAUUUCAUACAUUCAUCAUUGAUGGCAUCCCAACCCUGUCAAUCCUCAAAAAGAAUGAGGCUAGAAGACUCAUCACGCUAUUGGAUGCCCUCUAUGAAGCUCGCUGCAAGCUAGUCGUGCGGGCCGAAGCCGGUCCAGACGACCUCUUCUUCCCGGAAACCAAGGUCAUCCCGUUACCUGCGAAACCAGGUGUCCAAGGAGACGAGAUAGUUGAUGACGAUGCCAUACACUCCGAGACCAUUGCUGAAGCCUAUCAAGAUUCGAUGUCACCGUUCAGACCUAACAUUUCUUCAUAUGCGGACUCGAAUAACACGGAUUAUGACCCGGACCAGGACUCUGAUUUUGGCGUAGAACAAAAGUCCAAAGUAGACUUUAGCGACACAAGCGCAUUCACGGGAGAAGACGAGCGGUUUGCGUACAAGCGAGCAACAAGUCGCCUGUGGGAGCUCUGCGGCACUCGAUGGCAUGCUCGCGCGGGAGACUGGUGGCAACCACUUCCAGUAGAAGCACGACAUUGGGAACGCUCGCCACCCUCAAAGCCUCAGCCAUCGCCAAGAAUGGAAAGUUUCCGAGGAACUGACGGCUUUAUGGGAAAGUCAGUAGAGAUCGAUGAGCCGGCUGGCUUGCAGCGCCUGCGGAUUGAACAGCUGAGAAAGGCCUCCUCAAAAGAAGAUCACCAUUGAAGGAGUGGCCGAUAAGGAUGGAAGGCUCUGUACCAAGGUAGCUAAGUAGAUCACGUACACUACUACGCAAGUACAAACGCACGA